UGGUACUAACUGUCAAACAAAUAGAGUUGUUGAUUGUUGUAAUUAAAAAAAGUGAAAGUGUUGAAACAAAAAUAAUUUUUACAAGAAAAUGAAGAAUUUUGUGUAAUUAUUGGAGUUUAAGGUUUAAGUAAUGAAUAUGGAUGAUGGUGAGGGUCGGGAGGACGCCGUCUGUGAGGGAUGCUUGUCGCAAAACCAUCGGACAAUAGCAGAAAUCACUGAAUACGAUGUCAAGAAAGUAUUUUACGAUAUAAUCAAUAUUCCAGACGCUGAUAUCGCAGCACUGAGUCUCCGGCUGUGUGCGGAGUGUAAGGACAGCAUCGUGAAGUUCCUGGAGUUUCGGAGACAAGUGCUGGAGGCACGGGACACCGUCAACAAGUACCUGUUACAGCCAGAAGCAAGUGAAGUAAAAACUGAACAGCCUCUCGCCACACCCAGUGAGGUGAAGAGUGACCCGGAGGACCUGGUCACUCCUCUCCCCUUCGUGAAGGUGGAACUGGAUGGAGAGGACCACUUCCUCGAUGAUGACAGCCGGGGUGCAGACGAUCUCAAGCCUACAUUAGAACCAAGUUUGAAAAAGAAGAAUAAAGUGCGAAGUAGAAGUAAGUGUGAGAAGAGCACAGAAGAUGAGUUCAAUGCGUCGGACGAAGAGCCGCUCACUAAGAAGAAGACUGAUGCUAGCGUUAAGAAGGAGAAGAGAAAAGGUCGCCGCGAGCGUCCGGCCGGGGUGGUGGACAACUCGCGCGUGCGCCGCAAGCUGCAGCAACUCAACGUGGACGCGGGGCUCGUCUCCAUGGAGAUACUCAGCUGGGAACAGGUGGCGGCGGAGCGCGCUGCGGCGGCGAGCGGGGUACGGUACACCCAGAGUGUGUGGCGGUGUCAGCAUUGCGUGCUCGGGUUCAACCAUCGCACCAAGUUGGAAAACCAUAUGAAGAAACACGACCCGAGCGCGGGUGCGCACGAGUGCUCGGUGUGUACGGUGCGCUGUAAGGACGCGCACGCACUCAGCGCGCAUGUACGCAGGCACCGCGUCAGAUGGCGGUGUACAGUGUGUGGGUGCGGGUGGUCGCGUGUGUGCGUGGCGGCGGACCACGCGGCGCGCGCGCACCACGCGCCCCCCCCCACACACACGUGCACACUCUGUGGACACACCGACACCUCGCUGGGCAAGCUGCGGCUGCACAUGAAGAGCCACGCGGAGCGGCAGCGCUGCCACCUGUGCGGGAAGACCUUCCGGGACCGCACCUCGCUGCGGACGCAUCUCUUUAUCCACAGCGGCGAGAAGGAGUUCUCGUGCCCGCGCUGCGACAAGCGGUUCAUGUUCCGCGCCGCGCUCGCCGUGCACCUCGUCACGCACGACGCGCCCGCGCACCUCUACUGCCACCAGUGCGACUUCAGCUUCAAGAACCGCAUGUCGUACACGCAGCACAUGAAGUACAGCCUCAAACACUGCGACCCCGCCGCGCUCAAGUACAAGUGCAUUGAGUGCGACAAGCGGUUCCUGAAGGAGUCCCGUCUGCGCGAGCACACGCUGGCCGUGCACCUGAAGGAGACGCCGCUCGCCUGCGACCACCCCGGCUGCUCCUUCGCGUGUGCCUCCGGCGGCGCGCUCCGCAGCCACCGGCGCGCGGCGCACGGCCCGCCCGCACCGCCGCGACACAUCUGUCACACUUGUGGCAGGACUUACAAGAGCAAGAAGUCCCUGGAGGGCCACCUCCGCUCCCACUCGGGCGAGCGCCCGUACUCCUGCGCAGUGUGCGGCGCCACGUUCGCGUACGACGCCGCGCUAUACAACCACACGCGGCUCGUGCAUCUCAAGCACAAGUUGGGUCGCAAGGGCCCCCCUCCCCCCGCCGUCCCCCCCGACACCCCCUCCACGUAGUGUGGCGGCGCGACUACUGCAGUACUAGAGCUACUAUCGGACGACAAUAGACUCUCGCCGCGUGGACUUACAGUGCAUUUUGAUUUGUAUCGAGCGCUGCUCUGUGUACACUUGCAAAGUAUUCUGUACAUUAGUACUGUCGGUAGAAGGUUCAUAUUCGUAUGUUUUGUGCAAUUAGAUCGCAACUUGAUGUAAUUCGGUUCCUGAUUCAGGCAAAUAAUGUUUGAAUAGUAAAUCUGUCUCUAUUCUUGAGAAGUAGUUAUAGUCAUUUUAAUACACAAUUCUUAAAAUUAAUUUCCUGAUCCGGGAAUCGAACCCGAGACCGCGUUCAUAAAUAAGAUUGUAUAUGUAUAAUUAAUAAUAAUUAAUAUAAAUGAA